AUGUCAAUUAGGACGAAAUUAAAUGGUUUCCUCGGACGUGUCCAGUAUAUUAACAUAAACCAACUUCCUUAUAAUGGAAACGUACAAAUACUUGCUAUUCAAUCAAGAAGUAAUGGAAGAGUUCAAAGAUUAACGGGAUACGGAUUGAUGAAGCAAAAUUUAGUUCGCGAAGCUCACAGAUUACAAAUCUUCAAUCGAUACCUGAUCAAUUUAGCGAUGGACCAUAUAUGGAACAUACAUUCAACUUCAUCACAAAGAAGUCAAUUCAUAAACUUGGCAUCUGAUGCUAAUGAUCUAAAUCGAAACCACGUGUCGCGAGGUCAUUGUAUCAAUACCCCUAAUACUCUUGAACUUAUCUCGAGAUUACCGGUUCCACAAAUUUCUAAUGAUAUAUUUGAACAAAAUUUGUUCAACGGAGCCGUAUUUUGUGAUGGCAACAAUUUUGAGUCUUUACUUUCACCUUCCGAAUGUUUUUUAGAAUCUUCUUCGUUCCCUUAA